UUACAGGUGCAAACACAGGUACUGGAAGGUGGCCAUUGUUGCCAGGGGCUGUUUACUGUGAAACAGCCAGCAGUCUUCUAUUCAUAAAGUGACAUUCUGUUUUCAGGAACAACAGCCAAGUAUCUGCAAGCAUGGCAACACCUGAUGACCAUACAGGCAGCGGUGUUCAUGAGCAUUUCUUUUUCGUCAAGGACAGGGUCAGCUCAAGUUGGAAAGACCUGGCCUUCCAUCUUAAAUUUAGUCAGGCAGACAUUGAUAACAUUGCCGGUAAAAACAAAGAUGACAAGUCGUGCUGUAUGGAUCUGUUGGAGGAAUGGCUAAAGCGAAAUGGGGAGAGAGCUGCUGUAGAGGUCCUGAUCAAGGGUUUGUCAGAGGCAAACUUACAGAGUACUGCAGAUGCUUUGAAGAACAAAAAUCCUGAAAUAGCUGCACAGACACAGCCACCAGCAAACAUCAAGGCUCCAGAUGGACUAAAGGCAGUGGAGAUUGGGAACUCAUUGACAAGUGUAACGUUACAGUGGAACCCAGUUGAUUCAAAUCAGCUUUUCGGCUAUCGCCUGGAACGUUCCAUUGCGUUUAAACAGGUGUGGCGCUCGACACAUGCCUCACUGCCUGUAUUACCUGUAAACCGGACCGAGCAGGAAGUAGGAGGCCUGAAACCCUACACAAUGUACCAUUUUCGUGUGAAAUCUGCGAUCGACGAACGGGGAAGUCUGCGCUUUGGGGAUGGAUCUGAGCUGGCAUAUGUUCUGACAAAGAAGCAACAUCAACCACAUCCACCAGGAUACGUCAGGGUGACAGAUGUCAAACAGACGUCUGUAUCCCUCACAUGGACAAAACCUUUACCAGCUGAUGAUGUCGAACUCGAAUCCUACGAGUAUGUCGUAGAGAUGUCCGACUAUAGUGAGGACAGAAUCCUGAAUGCAUGGACAGAAUGCUGCACAACCAUUCAACGGGAGUGUACGAUUAAGGUUGAGCACAACGGAACCUACCGCUUUCGUGUAACAGCAAUCAACAAGGAAAAGGCUGUAAGCAGCCUUCCAGAGGAUAUGGAGGACCCAGAGAUACGUAUCCAUGUCGAGACAGGAUCAGGAUGGCUGGAAUGGUUUAAAGCACGGUGGCCUUUUCCUGGCAGACACAAACGACAGGAGCCAGGAAGCAUUGUCUUUGUCAUCUCAUGUCAUGACCUGCACUGUUUGCGGGAACUGUGGAUGUGCUACACCUUGGGGAAAGUAAAGAUGUUCUUUGAGCAUUUAUUUGCCCAACAGGCCGCCCUUGCCUCUGUAGAUGCAGACACCGAUCUCCAGAUCAACAUAGAUGAAGAGGAUUUCUACGCCUGCCGCAGACAUCUUCUGUUGACCAGCUCUACCAACAAAGGAUUGCGAGUUGUGAGACCAGGAGCUGGUCACUCCAGAGGCACACUGCUAGGCCUAAGUGAGGAUUACCCAGUCUACUGCAUGCCGAUAUCUCACAGGACAACCUGCGCCCAGCUGGACUACUUGGACCCAUCAAUGCCCACCAUGCCUACAGCAGUAGCCGAGAACAAGGUAGUAAAGACACAACUGCCAGAAGAGGAUAGACCUGCUAGGAUAACUGCAGCUGUGAAACCUGGACUGGACCGCGCCAUUUCUGCUGACAGCAUGCUGACCCUGCUACGUGCAGUGAAACUUGUGGAUCACAGCCUGAUGGAAGCCCUAGACCUGGCAAACCAGUCCUACACAGAUGGAGCUGAUGACAGCUCAACACUGCACCUCACAGCCAGGGAAGUACAAAUGGCUCUGCAAACUGUUAGAGAGAAAUCACAACAUCAGAUGGCAGCUGUUAGAGAGAAAUUACAACAUCAGAUGGCAGCUGUCAGAGAGAAAUCACAACAUCAGAUGGCAGUUCAGCGUAUUAAUAAGAAUGUAUUGAGAGAGCAGCAAAUACAAAUCGACAUUCUACGCAAACAGGUAAUGAGACUGAGACAGGAGAAAGAGAAUGCAGAGAAAAUCACUCAGGAUGUGAAGUUUGAAACUGGUGUGAAACUUGAAGAACUGACAGCUGAGAACACAAAAAUGACCAAACAGCUAGCAAAUGUUUCUCAACUUCAUGAGGAAGUAAGAGGGCUUAGAGAGAAAUAUGAGACAUCACAGAGAGAUUUGUCAAAGAAGGAAAUAGAAAUCCAGCAGCUACAAGAAGCCAACAACAGCAAUGAAGAAAUAAUUGAAAGAAUGCGUGCACAGGAUCCAAUGCACACUGCCAGACAGCAGACAGAAGCCCUGCUGCACAGUCUACGCGAGGAGCUAACCAGACUGACACAGAAGGAAGAGGAAGAUCAGAAAACCCUGCUAAAACAGAAGGAAGAAAUACAGAAGCUGCAGAAGGCUAACAUCAACUUGGAAGAAAUAAUAGAAAUGAUGUCUGCCAAGAAACCAGUGGAGAGUAAAUGGGAGGACUAUGUGAUGAAGGACACCAGAGGGAAAACAGACCAAUUUUUGCAGGGCAAGGAGACAGACCCAGGCCAGGGGACAGACCCAGGCCAGGGGACAGACCCAGGCCAGGGGACAGACCCAGGCAAGGGGGCAGACACAGGCAAGGGGACAGACCCAGGCCAGGGGACAGACCCAGGCCAGGGGACAGACCCAGGCAAGGGGACAGACCCAGGCAAGGGGGCAGACACAGACAAGGGGACAGACCCAGGCAAGGGGACAGACCCAGGCAAGGGGACAGACCCAGGCAAGGGGACAGACCCAGGCAAGGAGACAGACCCAGGCAAGGAGACAGACCCAGGUAUUCGUGAACAUUUCUUUUUCGUAAAGGAAAGCGUUGGCUCAGGCUGGAAAGACCUGGCCUUCCAUCUUGAUUUUACUAAAACAGACAUCGAUAACAUUGCCAGUAGAAACAAAGAUGACAAGUCUUGCUGUAUGGACCUGUUGGAGAAAUGGCUAAAGAGAAACGGGGAGAGAGCUACAGUAGAGGCCCUGAUCAAGGGUUUGUCUGAGGCAAACUUAUGGACCACUGUGGAUGCUUUGAAGAACAGAAAUCCUGAAACAACUGCACAUACACAACCACCAGCAAACAUCAAGGCUCCAGAUGGACUAAAGGCAGUGGAUAUCGGGAACACAAGUGUAACUUUACAGUGGAACCCAGUUGAUUCAAAUCAGCUUUUUGGCUAUCGCCUGGAACAUUCCAUUGCGUUUACACGGAUGUGGCACUUGACACACAACUCACUGCCUGUAUUACCUGUAAACCAGACCAAGCAUAAAGUAGGUGGCCUGAAACCUUACGCAGAGUACCACUUUCGUGUGAAAUCAGCGAUCUACGAACAGGGAAAGCUGCGCUUUGGGGAUGGAUCUGAACCAGCAUGUGUUGUGACGAAGAAGCAAUAUCAACCAUAUCCACCAAGAUAUGUCAGGGUGACAGAUAUCAAAGAGAAUUCUGUAUCCCUCACGUGGAUAAAACCUUUACCAGCUGAUGAUGUCAAACUGGAAUCCUACGAGUAUGUAGUUGAGAUGUGCAAGAACUAUAAUAAGGACAGAACCAUGAAUGCAUGGACAGAAUGCUGCACAACAACUCAGCAGGAGUGUUCAAUCAAGGUUGAGCACAACGGAACCUACCGCUUUCGUGUAACAGCAAUCAACAAGGAAAAGGCUGUAAGCAGCCUUCCAGAGUAUAUGGGGGACCCAGAGACACGCAUCAAUAUUGAGACAUGGUUGCAUGUAGACGUUGGGAAGUACUUCCAUUUCAUCAAGGAAAAUGUGAUCACAGACUGGGGAGAUUUGGCAUUCCAUCUUGGAUUCAAAUGGGCUACCAUCACAAACAUCGCUGGCAGAAACCCCGACGACAAGUCCCGCUGCAUGGACAUGCUGCAGGAAUGGAAGAAGAAGAAGGGAGACGCCGCUACCAUAGAGGUCCUGAUGGAGGCUCUGUCAAAGGCAGAGCUGCAGAGCGUCGCGGAUGGUUUGAAGAAAUAUCAAGUUGAAAACUAUGGGCUGAGUCCACAGGCAAGGGGACAAAAAGCUGCCCGCCGAAAAGGUAACAGAUACUAG